AUGCAUGCGAGUGCAUUAUUAUUAAAUCAAUUACCAUUUAAAUUGAGAGAUACAGGUGCGCCUUUAAUUUCGUGUGAUAUUGGUGGAUUCAUUUUUCAGAAUGCAUUACUUGACACCGGUGCUAGUAUUAAUUUAUUACCUACAAGUAUUUGUGAUAAAUUUAAUAUUUCUGAUCUUAAACCUUCUACUGUUACCUUACAAUUUGCUGAUAGAUCCAUAAAACAUCCUAAAGGUAUCUUAGAAAAUGUGAUAGUGACAGUUAAAGGGUGUAAAUUUCCAGCUGAUUUUGUAGUGCUGGAAAUGGAUUUUAAUGGACAAUUUUAUGAUACAUCAAUCAUCCUAGGGAGACCAUUUUUGCAUACAGUAAAGAUGAAUAUUGAUUUUCCCACAGGUAUUGCGAAAAUUUCAUGUGGAGAUCAAUCAGUAGAAAUUAAAACUUUUGAGGUAUCAAAUGAUCUUAAGAAAUCCCAAGUAUAUGAUUGUCAUACCAUAGAUCUUCUAGAUGAUUUUGAUGAUCCAGAUGUUAUUGAUGACUGUGUGCUGGAAGAAUUAGAGGAAAUAGAGAAUAUAAAUUUAGAAGAAAAGAAAGAGGAAGAUCAUCUGAAUUUAGAGUUGAAACCUCUCCCCUCUAGUUUAAAAUAUAUGUUUUUGGAGGAAAAUAAUUCAUUUCCUGUUAUUAUUGCAGCUGAUUUGAGUAAUGAACAGGAAGAAGAAUUAUUAGAUGUACUUCGAAAAAAUAAGAAGGCUAUGGGCUGGAAAAUGGACGAUCUAAGGGGCAUUGAUAUGAGAGUAUGCAUGCAUAGUAUAUAUUUAGAGGAGGGGGCUAGAACUAGCAGGGAACCACAACGAAGAUUAAAUCCUAACAUGAUGGAAAUUGUAAAAAAAAGAAAUUUUAAAGUGGCUGGCCGCUGA